GAGAACUGGAAAAAGAUCAGUGAAGACCCAGUUUGCUUUGGAGUUGACGAUGACAGUUUCGGAGGUUUCAGUAUUAGAGAAAGCGGCCUCAUUUAUACAUUCAAACUCGUCCAUCGGAAUGGUUCUGUGACAUGUGAUACUGGUUAUAAACUCAACAACUGGGGUUGCACCCAUCCUCUUUUCGGGAAAAAUCAGUUGUUGACUGUUAUAACGUAUCCCAACAGAUCUGCCCUGUUGAUUGCUAAUUACUUAAGAAGUAAGGCAGGGUGUGAUUACAAGUAUUACGCGUAUCAGCUGGAGGGGACCGAUGUUGACUCUCCAGAGUUGGUUUUCAAUCGCCUUUUACAUCCACUGUCCGUUUCAGUCGGCCAAAAGUUUCAAAUUUGGUACGGGGAAGAUUUGACUGAUUGCGAAGGCAAUAAUAACAUGGGAAUGACAUGCGCGGAUAUAUAUGGGUGGUAUGUUUAA